CUUCCGCCUUGAGACGCUGACGCAAUUUUUGCCUCGUUGGAAGGCGUAUUCCACAGAAACCGGAAACGUUGCGGCUGACAGCAACCGUUCAACACACAGACGAGGGGAAAAAACACAAAAGACGGCGAAACUCAGAUACUCUCAUUCGAGUGGCAUUUUACCUUCUGUGAUGGCAAUCACAGAGGACCAAGCAAACAUGGAUGGAGCAGACCUGCUUGGUUUGCAGUUAGAUGACGGAUUAGUUGGAUCAGCUGAGGACCAGCUCUUUGCUUACGUCAGUACGCUCAUGGAUUCGUGGCACUCCGAUCAGGAUGUGCUCAGCUUGUUCCAAGAAGAGGACAUUAUAGAGCGACACUUCCCCUCCACUUCCCCAUUAGGCAGCGAUAGCGGCAUCUCCGACUACAGCGGCAGCGCCGACCGCAUGGAAAAUGGCACCCUCGUGGGUUGCCUGAGCCCAGAGGGCGGCGACACCGACCUCUCUCACAGUCCCACCUACUCCAACCCAAGCCCGACGUGCUCCGAACCUGUCUUAGUUGCUGAGGAGCUACAAGCAGAGAACCCGGAGGCCUUGACGGUUCAAGCGGAUCAUAGCUACUCUUUGCUCAGGGGUAGAUGUGAAGACACGGACGUCUUGCAGAGUGUGUGGGCAGAGAAGCUUGACACGGAUGUCUUCAUUGAUCUGGAUAAUUUGGUGACUGAGGAAAUGGAAGAUGACUUUGCCAGUGACGAUGCCAGCGAGCUGCCUUGUACGCUUGCCAUUGAGGAAUCGACGCUGGACGCCAUGCAGUGCGACAACACGGAUCAGUUCCAGUUCAAGGGAAUUGUGCUCUCAGAGGAGGAGAAACGGAUUUUGGCGAAAGAGGGAGCCACCAUUCCCACCCAUAUGCCUCUUACAAAGGCAGAAGAGAGGACCCUGAAGAGGGUCCGGAGGAAGAUUCGCAACAAGCAGUCGGCUCAGGAGAGCCGCAAGAAGAAGAAGGUCUACGUAGACGGCUUAGAGAGCAGGGUGGCCGUCUGCACCGCGCACAACGUGGAGCUGCAGAAGAAAGUCCAAUUGCUCCACAAACAGAACAUGUCUUUAAUCGAGCAGCUGAGGAAAUUGCAGGCCAUUGUGAAGAUGUCCACCUUGAAGGCCAGCACGACCAGCACGUGUGUCAUGGUGUUCCUGCUCUCUUUCUGCCUCAUCGUCUUCCCGUCGGUCAACCCCUUUGGCAGCAACACGGACAAGAAGGAACUCUACCUUCCCUCUUCCAUCAUUUCCCGAACGUUGCGCUCGCUGCCGUCAGAGAGCACCGACGCCUUGACCUACCUGGAACCCGAAGACGACGAGGCGGAUCUUCUUCACCUGCUGCCUCAAGCCGAGCUAGAGAACGUCGACGUCAUCUUUGCGGGCGGGAAAAAUAAUCACACCCCCGACUACCAGCGCGUGGAGCAGCCCGAAUCGGAGACGGCUGUCAACGGCAACUCUUCAGCGGACUACCCUGCCUCCCCGCAGGUAGCGGAAGUGACUCCGGGGUUGAGCGGUGGGGCUGGUGGCUUACAAGAAGGCUCCUUAGAUUCUGUAGUGGUGGCUGCUGUCGCGUAUGAGGUCCCUGGGACCAAGGGGAACUGGAUAGACCGGAACCCUCCAUCCGUUAUAUUACAGCAGCACCGUUCCGAUGAGAUGUAGCGCGGUUGCAUCCACAAGUAUCAACUUUGGCUGUUCCACUGUAUUUUAACAAAAAAAAGGGAAACUUCUGGUCAUCCCAACAGCCUUCUGAUUACUACUGUUACUUUAUUUGCACUUAUUUUUAAUGAUGUUGCAAUGGGCAAAAAGGACAUGCUCCGUCAAGAGGAUAUUAAAAUACAAGUAUGUAUUUGAAAAGGCCCCCAAUCCCCCAACAAACUAAAACUAAUAGUUUUUUUAUGGAUUCUACGCAGUAGUAGAUUAGCUUCCAUCAUUCAUUGCUUGAUAGAAGAGUAGGCUGCUUAAUAAAGUGAUUUGAAUCCGUUGCAUCAUAAAGCCAUUGCAGGACAUUUGGCCAUGUACAUAGAUGACUUAUUGUUUCCCUUGCAACAAGGGUUUCCGUUGUUUUGUGUAAAUGAUCUCCCGAAUCCCUACGAUACUCUUUUGUUAAGAUAAGGAGCGAUUCUUUUUAUAUACCUGUCCAAAUCGUGCAAACUAUAACGUUGCACAGAAAAAUGUUGUGCAGUUAACUAGAGUCCAAAAAUGUAAUGAGCUGUAUUGUCAGUGAGGCAUUUUUAGUGUAUUUCUAUGUUACCAUAAAUGGUAAUGGCAUAUGCUCUGUAUUAUGACCAGUUGAGAUUUUAGAUGUGAAGAGGGGAAAGGCACUGAUUAAAGAAUAAUGAAAUGUCAAUAGGCUGAACUGAUUGUAGCUUUUCUGUACAUUGGACCUCUUUACGUAUAUGUUAAUAAAGUUUUUAUGCAUCAAAA